GGCCGAGGCUGCGGCAGCGUCGGGCGCGCGCACACGUUGCAUCUUCUUGCUUUCGGCGGGUUCCAGGUGGUUAGGACCGCUGGGCUGACCGACUGACAGACAGGGAGGCCGGGAGGCCGGUGGAGAUGGCGGCCCUCUGCUUGACCGUGAAUACGGGAGACCCUCCGCUGGGAGCUUUGCUGGCAGUAGAACACAUAAAAGACAAUGUCAGCAUUUCCAUUGAAGAAGGGAAAGAGAAUAUUCUUCGUGUUUCUGAAAAUGUGGCAUUCACAGACAGCAAUUCCAUACUUCGCUACUUGGCUAGAGUUGCAACUACAGCUGGGCUGUAUGGCUCUAACCUGAUGGAGCACACCGAGAUUGAUCACUGGUUGGAGUUCAGUGCUACAAAGUUGUCUUCAUGUGAUUUGUUCACUUCUGCAAUCAAUGAGCUCAAUCAUUGCCUCUCUCUGAGAACAUACUUAGUUGGAAACUCCUUAAGCUUAGCAGAUUUGUGUAUUUGGGCCACCCUCAAAGGAAAUGCUGCCUGGCAGGAGCAGUUCAAGCAGAGCAAAGCUCCGGUUCACGCGAAACGCUGGUUUGGCUUUCUUGAAGCCCAGCAGGCCUUCCGGUCAGUAGGCUCUAAGUGGGAUAUCUCAACAACCAAACCUAAAGUGGCACCUGAGAAAAAACAAGAUGUGGGGAAAUUCAUUGAGCUUCCAGGUGCAGAGAUGGGAAAGGUUACUGUCAGAUUUCCUCCAGAGGCUAGUGGCUACUUACAUAUCGGGCACGCCAAAGCUGCUCUUCUGAACCAGCACUACCAGGUGAACUUUAAGGGGAAACUCAUCAUGAGAUUUGAUGACACAAACCCUGAAAAAGAGAAGGAAGAUUUUGAGAAGGUCAUUUUGGAGGAUGUUGCAAUGUUGCAUAUCAGACCAGAUCAGUUCACUUACACCUCCAAUCAUUUUGAAACUAUAAUGAAAUAUGCAGAGAAGCUGAUUCAAGAAGGGAAGGCUUAUGUGGAUGACACUCCUGCUGAGCAGAUGAAAGCGGAACGUGAGCAGAGGAUAGAAUCCAAACACAGGAAGAACUCUAUUGAGAAGAAUCUACAAAUGUGGGAAGAAAUGAAAAAAGGAAGCCAGUUUGGUCAGUCCUGUUGUUUGCGUGCAAAAAUUGACAUGAGUAGUAACAAUGGUUGUAUGAGGGACCCAACUCUUUAUCGCUGCAAAAUUCAGCCACACCCAAGAACUGGAAAUAAAUACAACGUCUAUCCGACAUACGAUUUUGCCUGCCCCAUAGUGGACAGCAUUGAAGGUGUUACACAUGCCCUGAGAACAACAGAAUACCAUGACAGAGAUGAGCAGUUUUAUUGGAUUAUUGAAGCUUUGGGCAUAAGAAAACCAUAUAUUUGGGAAUAUAGUCGGCUAAAUCUCAACAACACGGUUCUAUCCAAGAGAAAACUCACGUGGUUUGUCAAUGAAGGCUUAGUAGAUGGAUGGGAUGACCCCAGGUUUCCUACAGUCCGCGGCGUGCUGAGAAGGGGGAUGACGGUGGAGGGACUGAAGCAGUUUAUUGCUGCUCAGGGCUCUUCACGUUCAGUUGUGAACAUGGAAUGGGACAAGAUCUGGGCAUUUAAUAAAAAGGUCAUUGACCCGGUGGCUCCACGGUAUGUUGCAUUACUAAAGAAAGAAGUGAUCCCCGUGAAUAUUCCUGAAGCCCAGGAGGAGAUGAAAGAAGUAGCCAAGCAUCCAAAGAAUCCCGAUGUUGGCUUGAAGCCUGUGUGGUAUGGUCCCAAAGUGUUCAUUGAAGGUGCUGACGCAGAGACCCUGUCAGAGGGCGAGACAGUCACAUUUAUAAACUGGGGCAACAUCAACAUCACCAGAAUACACAAAAACACAGAUGGAAAAAUUGUAUCUCUUGAUGCAAAGUUGAAUUUGGAGAAUAAAGACUUCAAGAAAACCACUAAGAUCACUUGGCUUGCAGAGACCAUGCAUGCACUUCCUGUUCCAGCAAUCUGUGUCGCUUACGAGCACCUGAUCACAAAGCCAGUGCUUGGAAAGGAUGAGGACUUCAAGCAGUAUGUCAACAAGAACAGUAAGCGUGAAGAACUAAUGCUGGGAGAUCCCUGCCUUAAAGAUUUACAAAAAGGGGACAUUAUUCAGCUCCAGAGAAGAGGAUUCUUCAUAUGCGACCAACCUUAUGAGCCUGUUAGCCCAUAUAGUUGCAGAGAAGCCCCAUGCGUUUUAAUAUACAUUCCUGAUGGACAUACAAAGGAAAUGCCAACAUCUGGGUCAAAGGAAAAGGCCAGAGUGGAAACAAAAACUGAGAGCACUGCUUGUAAGGAAAAGCCGGCACCGUCUCUGAAUAGCCCUUGUGCAACACCUGAGGACUCCGUGGUCCUUUACAGUAGAGUGGCCGACCAGGGUGACGUGGUUCGUGAGCUGAAAGCCAAGAAAGCAGCCAAGGAAGAUAUAGACGCAGCUGUGAAACAGCUUUUGGCUCUGAAAGCUGAAUACAAGGAGAAAACCGGCCAGGAAUAUAAACCUGGAAAUCCGCCUGCCGCAGCCGCAGAGAAUGUUUCCUCUAAAUCCCCAGGAAGUGUUCUGGAUGGUAAAUCUCUCUAUGACGAGGUGGCUGCGCAAGGGGAGGUCGUUCGCAAGCUGAAAGCAGAAAAAGCCCCAAAGGCUAAAGUGAAUGAAGCUGUAGAAUGCUUACUCUCUCUGAAAGCUCAGUAUAAAGAAAAAACUGGCAAAGAGUAUAUACCUGGGCAGCCCUCCUCAUCUCAAAAUUCAGACCCAGGUCCAACCAGAAGCUCUGAACCUAGUGGCCCAGAAACACCGGAAGCCAAAGUACUUUUUGACAAAGUUGCUUCUCAAGGAGAAGCAGUUCGAAAACUGAAAGCUGAGAAAGCCUCUAAGGAUCAGGUAGAUGCGGCUGUCCAAGAGCUCCUUCAGCUGAAGGCACAGUACAAGUCUCUGACAGGAGAGGAGUAUAAACCCAUCUCUGCCAUCGGGGCCGAGGAUAAAGAUAAGAAGAAGAAAGAAAAGGAAAAUAAAUCUGAAAAGCAGAAUAAACUUCAGACACAGAGUGAUGGCCAAAGGAAAGACUGUCUUAAGAAUCAAGGAAGCGAGCAGUCGUCAGGGGGACCAGGAGAAGGGCAGGGGCUGAAGAAACAGACCAGGUUGGGUCUUGAGGCAAAAAAAGAAGAAAAUCUUGCAGAUUGGUAUUCUCAGGUCAUCACAAAGUCAGAAAUGAUUGAAUACUAUGAUGUAAGUGGCUGCUAUAUUCUUCGUCCCUGGGCGUAUGCCAUUUGGGAAGUCAUCAAGGACUUUUUUGACGCUGAGAUCAAGAAACUUGGUGUUGAAAACUGCUAUUUCCCCAUAUUUGUGUCUCAAGGUGCAUUAGAGAAAGAGAAGACUCACAUUGCUGACUUUGCCCCUGAGGUUGCUUGGGUUACAAGAUCUGGCAAAACAGAGUUGGCAGAACCAAUUGCUGUUCGUCCUACUAGUGAAACAGUCAUGUAUCCUGCCUAUGCGAAGUGGGUACAGUCGCACAGAGACCUGCCCAUCAAACUCAAUCAGUGGUGCAAUGUGGUGCGUUGGGAGUUCAAGCACCCUCAGCCUUUCCUCCGUACUCGUGAAUUCCUCUGGCAGGAAGGACACAGUGCUUUUGCCACCUUUGAGGAAGCAGCAGAAGAGGUCUUGCAGAUACUUGACUUGUACGCUCGGGUGUACGAAGAGCUCCUGGCCGUUCCCAUUGUAAAAGGAAGGAAGACUGAGAAGGAGAAGUUUGCGGGAGGAGACUACACAACUACAGUGGAGGCGUUUGUGUCCGCUACCGGGAGGGCUAUACAGGGAGGAACAUCACAUCACUUAGGGCAGAAUUUUUCCAAAAUGUUUGAAAUCGUUUUUGAAGAUCCAAAGACACCAGGAGAGAAGCAGUUUGCCUAUCAGAACUCGUGGGGCCUGACAACUCGAACAAUCGGUGUUAUGACCCUGGUUCAUGGAGACAACAUGGGUUUAGUGUUGCCACCCCGUGUAGCCUGCAUUCAGGUGGUGGUUAUUCCUUGUGGCAUCACAAAUGCACUUUCCGAAGAAGACAAAGAAGCCUUGAUCGCAAAAUGCAACGAUUAUCAAAAGCGGUUACUCAGUGUUAACAUUCGUGUGAAAGUGGAUCUUCGAGAUAACUAUUCACCAGGUUGGAAAUUUAAUCACUGGGAGCUCAAGGGAGUUCCAGUUAGACUUGAAGUGGGACCACGUGACAUGAAGAGCUGUCAGUUUGUAGCUGUCAGACGAGACACUGGAGAAAAGCUGACAGUCACCGAAAAUGAGGCUGAGACUAAACUUCAAGCUCUUUUGGAAGACAUCCACGUUAACCUGUUCACAAGGGCUUUUGAAGACCUAAAGACCCAUAUGGUCGUGGCAGAUACAAUGGAAGACUUUCAGAAGGUACUAGACUCUGGAAAGAUUGCUCAGAUUCCAUUCUGUGGAGAAAUUGACUGUGAAGACUGGAUCAAAAAAACCACUGCCAGGGAUCAAGAUAUUGAACCUGGUGCUCCAUCCAUGGGCGCUAAAAGUCUCUGCAUCCCCUUCAAACCACUCCGUGAGCUGCAGCCUGGAGCCAAGUGUAUCUGUGGCAAGGCCCCCGCCAAGUACUACACCUUGUUUGGCCGUAGUUACUAAGGGAUAAAACGAAACCCCUGUCGACUGUCCUCCUCACUUUUUAAGAAAUUGGUACUGUUAUCUUCCCAGAUAUAGCCAAUAUUUUGUUUUUUUUAAAUAAAAGUUCUAAAAGCAAGUAUAUAAAACAAACAGCUAUUCUUAUGCCUAAAUUAACAGUGAAAAAAAAAAAGACUUUCUGUAAACAACCCAAUAAUAAAUAUCAUGAAUUAAUAA